AGUUUUUCAAGAGGAGUGGCUAUACUUCAGGCUAGACAACUUGUACAUAGGUAAACUCUGACUGCUACGAGAACAGAACCUCCCAUUACCCUCCUCCCUCACCUUUUGGACAACAUGGCGAAUUGAAGUACACCUGCGCUGCUUUUGGUAGUGUAAUUUUACUUUAGCCUUAUGUUACUUUUAUAAUCCAUCGAAAUAUCAAAACGCUUAAAAAUACUGGCAAGUUUUUUUUGGCCAGUCAAACGUUUCGAUGAAACCCUUACCGGAACUAUGUAACGAGCAUCAGAAGAAAAGCUUCGACUCAUCCCCUGGAGAGAUGCCGAGUGAGGAGGCUAAGCAGAAUGCAGUACAGUCCAAUGGGUUCACUGUCUCACAGAGUCCCAGCAGAAUGGCUUCCCAGUCACAUGAUGGGUCUCGCCCCCCUUCUCCUGCCCUUCCACAACAACCUCAACAUCCCAGGGAGCAAUGGGGUAGCAAGAAUGAGUUUCUGCUCUCCUGCAUUGGGUACUGUGUUGGCCUGGGAAAUGUCUGGAGGUUCCCUUACCUUUGCUACCGCAAUGGUGGAGGCGUGUUCCUCAUCCCAUACUUCAUCAUGCUCUUCUUCACGGGCAUGCCUCUCUUCCUGAUGGAGCUCAGCCUGGGCCAGUAUGGAUCUGCAGGUCCCAUCACUGUCUGGAAGUGCUGCCCACUGCUUAAAGGGAUUGGCAUAGGGAUGCUGUGUGUUUCCACAUUAGUGUGCCUCUACUACAAUGUAAUCAUUGCUUGGACAUUUUAUUACCUGGGUAGUUCCUUUCAGAGCCCACUGCCAUGGUCCUGUGAUGCUCCUGCUAAUGCUCCACUGUGUAACUCCACCAAUAAGACAAACCAUCUUAGUCCACCUGAGGUGUUCUGGAAUGAGCGUGUCCUGGGUGUGGUAAACAGUCAUGGCCUGCAAGACCCUGGGCCUGUCAGAUGGGAGCUUGCUCUGUGUUUACUAGCUGCAUGGGUCAUCAUUUUCCUCUGCAUGUUGAAGGGCAUUCGCAGCUCAGGAAAGGUGGUAUAUGUGACAGCCACCUUCCCCUACUUUGUGCUGAUAGUUCUGAUCAUCAGAGGGGCGACAUUGGAGGGCUCUCUCCAGGGUGUGGCCUUCUAUCUUACACCAGUCUGGGACCGCCUGGCUAAUGCACAGGUAUGGAAUGACGCUGCAUCACAGAUCUUCUACUCACUGGGCAUUGGAGUAGGAGGCCUACUGUCUAUGGCCUCCUACAAUAAAUUCGACAAUAAUGUCAUCAGGGAUACCUUGGUGAUCACCAUAGGAAACUGUGGCACCAGCUUCUUUGCAGGCUUUGCCAUCUUCUCCAUCCUGGGUCACAUGGCUUGGAGGAAGGGUGUACCUGUGGAGCAGGUUGCAGACACAGGUCCAGGUUUGGCAUUUGUAGCCUACCCAGAAGCCCUGGCUCUUCUGCCUGGCUCUGUUUUCUGGUCCAUUCUUUUUUUCCUCAUGCUCUUUAUGUUAGGAGUUGAUACACUGUUUGGCAACAUGGAGGGGAUUACCACAGCAGUGCUGGAUGAGUUCCCUCAGCUUAGGGUCAAUAUGAAACACAAGAUUCUGUUCCUGGCCCUACUCUGCUUUGGCUUCUACCUGAUGGGCUUGUUGCUCGUCACUGAUGGAGGAAUAUACUGGUUUACCCUGAUAGAUUCAUUCAGCACCAGUUUUGGUCUCAUCAUUAUCACUCUCUUCAUGUGUCUGGGCAUCUCAUUCUUUUAUGGCGUGAAUCAAUUCUGCCAGGAUAUAGUGGACAUGAUUUGUCUCUGUCCACCAUGGUGCACCAAAUUGUUGCUCUAUUUCAAAGCAUGCUGGGUAUUCUGCACACCCUUCCUAUUAUUGUUUAUCCUGACCUACAUCUUCUUGGAGAUGUACCGAACCUCGCUCCAUUAUGGCACCUAUGUGUACCCACUGUGGGGGAAGGCACUGGGGGUGUGUAUUGGAGUUGUCUGCUGCAUUCAGAUCCCUAUCUGGGCCACUGUAGCUAUCUGUAAGGAAUCUGGCACUCUGAAAGAUCGCUUUCAGAAAGCCAUCCGUCCACUCAACUCCUGGCGUGUCAACAACCUGAACAUCAGCACUCAGGAGCCACGUGUGGAGCCCGAGAGGAUAGAAGGACCCUUUACUGUAACCCUGACUGAGAUGGACUUCACCGGCAUAGCCUGGGAGAGUAGUGAAGCAUAACACUGCCCUCCUCUACAGCAUCCAGUGUUAGGAGGGUGAAGUGUAGAAGGCUCUCCCAAUUUCAUGGGAGCACCAGCAAAAGCACAAUGCCUAGUGAUUACUAAAAAUAUGUAGUCUACACUAACUGCACUGUGGAUUUUUGCAGUGCCUAGUGCCUGUUCUCUGAGAUGUAAACAGUGGAGUGGUACUUGACAAGUGGUACUUCUGGCGUGGUACUUCUGGCAUUUUAAUUUUUGGGGAAACUCAGUCUAGUGUUCUCAAAAGUUUUGAUAAAAGUUAUCUGGAUGUAUAAUUUUUGCAAUUAACCACUAUAUAGAGAGCAGCAUGGACUUCCCCAAUGGGGAUUUUUCAAAGUUAAAGUUUUUGUUUAAAUGCUUCCCAUACAUACACUAAAUUAUUUAUGAUCAUUUGAAUUUAUGAUAUGAAAUAAUGCUUUUACUAAACUGUUCAGACAAAAGCCUCCUUAAAGAUGAACAGAUCAAAACAUUUUAAAGAUAAUAGUUCUAUUGUGUUCCAUUUCAUUUGUUUUAUUCGUGUAAGUCAGUGCUCACUGCAUAAAGAAUGAUUUUAUUAGGUUUAUGUUUUUGAAGCAACCUCUGGUCCAGAGAUGAAUUUUAUUGAAUGCACAAAUGGCAUCCAGAAAUUUCAGUUACUAUGGAAUACAUUUUAUUUAAAGUUACUUUUCUUAUAGUAAUCCAGUGAACACAGACUCUUUUAGAGGGGUUUAAUGUUUUCAUAAUUAGAAAUGGCAAGGAUGAUGUACAGAGGCCAUGAGGUAGGUAGAGUUUACUUCUUUGAAAUGACAUAGAUUCAGUGGAGAUAAUGUGGCUAUGUUUAGUCUGAGCUCCAUGGAAAUAUCUCUUGGCUCUGCUGGUGGAACACUCUUUAAGUCUAAUCUCUAAACUCAUGAUCACGCCAAGAUGGUGCAUUGCUGUUCAGUACAAUUUUACAUCAGUCUUGUUUUAAAAAAAUCGUCAGACUGCAUUGAGUGUACCAGUAGAAAAUGAAGCCUUCCCUCUUAAUACCUGUGGUGCAGACUAUUUCAUUCCAGUGUAAUCUGAAUGAAUGGAAUAGCCAGAAAUACUUAAUCAGGGAUUCUAAAUAUUACAACAACUGAGUUAACUGCAGUGCUCCAAUAAAGAAAAUGGUUACCAUCAUGCAUGUUGGACUUGGCACUAAUUCUAUUCAGUGCCAAUACUGAAUUGUUACUCAAUUGUUGUAAUAUUUAGAAUCCCUGAUUAAGUAUUUCUGGCUAUUCCAUUCAUUCAGAUUAUGUUGGAAUUAAAUAUUUCAACAUUUAAGAUUAAAACAUCACUGACAUAUGCAUCAUAUAAAACUGGGAACCUCAUGGGCUGAGUAGAGAAGAAAUUAUCAAUCUAUUAAAGAAUAAUUUUAAAAGGUUUCAUCCAGCAAGAAGAGGCUCCAUAUCUACCAUCCUACAGAGUUUUAGCCUUAAUCUAACACACAUGAUCCAGUUAACGAACGUCUGCAGUAGUGAGUUUUACAAAAUUCCCCAGAAUACUAGCUCUCCUGGAACGCUGUUGGGCACACCUGCUAUAAGACACUUAGGCUUUGACAGUGUACAAAAAAAAAGGUAGGCAUUCAUAAAAACAAGACACAGCUUGUUUAAGACAUCCUGACUACACCUCUGAAAGUACGAGUGGGUGGGACAGUUGCUUACGUAAGUUUAAAAGGCAGCCAUCGCAUAUGCAAGAGAAAAGAGUUCUUGGUCUUGGUGUAUUGACUAAUAUGAAUACUGACGUUGGCUGAAUUAACAUUGCCAGAUAUAAGCGCUAUAUGUGAGAGAGAAACCAUUACAAUAAUGGCACAUAGGAUAUACAGCAAGUCCAUUUUUCAUGGAAAGGAGUUAAGAUGUUCAUAUUUAUACA